GUAUCCUAUCUCUGCGUGGUUUUCUUCACCCUUUCUCGCUCGUUCGCGCUCAUUCCCGCUCUCGCCUCGCGCCCACCGCUACGAUUGGCUAGACCAGGAAUAAGGCCCGCCUUUAAGCGUGAAGUAUGACGGGAGACGUAGUUUCUUGCGUAGUGUGCACAUGCGUGCGGGGAAGAUGAGUGGAAGGCGCAGCAGGAGCCACUCGGCUCGUGUGGAAAACUCUGGUUCUCCCGUCAACGGAGAAGCGGCCAAGAAGCGAGUCAAGCAAGAGGUUCGCGCGGAGUUUUCUGCAGCCCUGAGAGAGCCGGCCCUGAAGGAGAAGGUGACCGCGGCUUGGGCCUGCCAGAAAGCGCUUGACCACGAGGCCAUUGUCUUAGAUCCUGUUCCUUUCCAUCACUGUGUCAUCCCAAACUUCUUCCAGAAUGAGGACUUUUCAGAAGGUCUGCAAAAGGAACUUUUGAGCCUGGAUUUCCAUGAAAAGUGCAAUGACUUGUACAAAUUCAAGCAGUCUGAUGACCUGAAGAACAGAGGAGGGCCUUACAUCGCUGCUUUAAGAAAAGUUCUCUUUGAAGAGUUCCAGUCUUGGCUUUCUGAUGUAACCCAAGUGGAGCUGGAGCCAACCAUUGAUCUGUCCUGUGCCAAAUAUGAAUAUACAGAUGCCUUGCUCUGUCACGAUGACGAGUUGGAGGGACGGCGAAUUGCUUUCAUCCUUUACCUUGUACCACCGUGGGGUAAAAGUGAUGGAGGUACCCUGGAUCUGUUCAGCACAGAUGAUAACUUCCAACCUUUGGAGAUUGUCAAGUCUGUGGUCCCUUCAUGGAACUCGCUCACUUUCUUUGAAGUAUCACCAGUCUCUUUCCAUCAGGUGGCUGAAGUUAUUUCCGAAGGGAAGUGCCGCUUGUCUGUGAGCGGCUGGUUUCACGGUCCCUCGGUGGCAAGGCCAGUGCGCUAUGUGGAACCACUUUUGCCACGGAGCCCUCACCUCCCUCGUGAUCACGAAAUUUUAUAUGAUUGGAUCAAUCCAGUUUAUCUAGACAUGGAUUCCCAGGCCCAGAUCCAAGAGGAGUUUGAAGAUCGGUCUGAGACCCUGCUAAAGGAUUUUCUCAAGAGAGAGAAAUUUCAGCUCAUCUGUGAGGCUCUGAAGAAGGACGGACUCAAAUGGAGCAGCAGGGGGCCCCCUAACAAAAGGCAUUAUGACAAAGCUGAAGAGGAGAGCCUGCCGGACAUUUUGAAAAAUUGCAUGGAGCUAUUCCGCUCAGAAGCCUUCUUCCUGCUCCUUUCCAACUUCACAGGCUUGAAGCUGCACUUUCUAGCUCCUGGGGAAGAAGACGAUGAAAAGGAAGGGGAAGGAGAAAUUGCUGCAGGCGGGGAUUCUUCCAGAUGCACACAAGGAGAAAGCAGCCAAGAGGAAACUGGCAGUCAGGAGUACACAGAGGCACAUGGGAGCAUCUCGGACAACAAGGUCAACAGAGUGUGUGACUCAAGUGUCCCUCUGUGUACUGGAGAGCUGAGGCAUUGGACCAAAGGUUGCUACACUCUAGUCCAUGAUGCUGAAACAACAGAGUUCUCCCUAGAUCUGCUGCUCUUCUGUGGGUGUGAAGAUUGGGACGUGGAGUAUGGUGGCUUUACUUCAUACCUUGCAAAAGAUGAAGAUGAAGAGCUGCUGCUGAUCACUCCAGAGAUGAACUGUUUGGCCUUGGUUUAUAGAGACCCAGAGUCGCUGAAAUUUGUGAAGUAUAUCAACCACCGUUGUUUGAAGCAAACAGGCAGAGAGACAGAGCAAACUAGAUUCUGGGACAUUUGCUUUGUUUACUAUGAAUGACAGUUGCCACAUGGACUCAAAGAGUUGUAUAGUUGGGUCCCGAGGGUCAUCCAGUCCGAUCCUCUGCAAUGCAGGAAUCUCAACUAUGACAGAUGGCCAUCCAACCUCUGCUUAAAAGCCUCUAAGGAAGGAGAGACCACCACCUCUCAUGGGAGUCUGUUCCACUGUCAAACAGCUCUUGCAGUCAGAAAGAUCUUCCUGAAGUUGAGUGGGAAUCUCCUUUGAAGACAUUGGUUCAGGUCCUAGCCUUUGGAGGAGAAAACAAGCUUGCUCCAUGUGACAGCUCUUUAGAUAUGGCUAUUGCAUAAUACCCACCUCCCUCAGCUGUUCCUCAGCAGGCCUGGCUUCCAAACUGCUGAUUGUCUUGAUCAUCCCCUUCUGCACAUGUUCCAGCUUGUCAAUAUCCUUUGUAAAUUGUGGCACCCAGAACUGGACAGAGGACUCUUGGUGCAGCUGGUUCUUCCCAAAGAGAGGUAGGAAUGCUGCUGGUCUACCUGCACUCCGUAAACAAAUGUGGUAUUGGAGGAACCUAGGACAGUACCCCUGAGCAACUUCAACGUUUACAUUAAGGCUGCAUCAAGUUCUCACCAGUCCAAUACAUAGGAUAGGGAGCAAAACCUGCACCUCAUCUUUGCUGCAAGUGGAGAGGGUGGUCUGAAUGAGCUCUGCUGUCAGAAAUCAAGUUUGCAAGCUGAAACCGUAUAGGGAAACCAAGAUUAUGAAAAGAGGGCUUCAUUUUCAUCUAA